CCCGAAUCAGAGGCCUACUUGUGUCCCGUCCGGGCACUGCGCGAUUGGAUCUCUGUCUUCAGGCCGGGGAAAGCAUCGGACUACUUAUACCCACCCAUGAGGGCCGGCGAUCGGAUAGGCGAGGCGGAUCGGCAUAUCAGCGCGGAUGCGUUCCUCGAGUUCUUCAGAAAUAACUUGCUCGACAUUGGUAUCGAUCCUCUCCCGUACGGAACGCACUCUUUUCGCCGUGGAGGAUGUCAGUGGCUGUCAAGCGGAUGCCGCUGGCCUCUUAGGCAAAUUUGCGAUUGGGGCGGGUGGAGUUUGAACUUCACUAGCAUGACUAUCGUCAAGUAUCUGAUAUCCUGGAACGACGACCCCACCGAGAGAAGGGAAGAUUACAUGAACCCCAAUCGCAAACCCACCGUUCAGUGUCACGCCUGUGGGAGGCGGUGUCAUUGCGGGUAA